AUGUCGUUGGCAAGGAGAUCAUCGCAUGCUUCGCCCUUGCAUGCUCAAUUUCCUCUUCCCUCGCUGUCCGGACCUUCCGGAUCCUCCACGCUCGAUGCUGCCAUGUCGGCAAAUCCGAACGUAGCUCCAAAACCCAACAUGGCUCCGUCUUCAGCGUCGGCUCUUCAUCCGACAACACAGCCACAGGCUCAUCCAAAGCCAGUCAAGCGAGCGUCGAAGCCCAAACUUGCCGCUGGGCCGCCUCAAGCUACACCUGGCGACCCUUUCAGAGGCGUCAUGUCUUCUUCGUCGUCUUCUGCCUCUUCUGCUUCGGGCUUCGCACCCAGCAACACAGCUCUGCCACAAUAUGCAUCGCCAAAUCAGCUCUUCACCAGACCGCAAGCAGCAGCGCUUCCAGCAACAUUGCCGCCGCCUUCUCCCGCUUUCUCGUUCGAUCCCUCCACACAACGCCGUUCGGAGGAGCCGCAGACUCCGCCACCGCCGCAGCAUCAGAUGUUGUCCGUGCAAGAGAGCCCCGAUCCGCUCAACCUGCUCUCUCCCAACGGUCACUUCUCCCUCUGGCAACAGCCCGGCGGCGCGCCUCUGCCUCCGCAGCCUUUUGCAACCAAUGGAGCUGCUCACCAUCAUCUCGCUGCGCAGCAAUACGACCCGGCAAUGGCGAGAGCUCCUCCCACGAAUGGUGCCUUGGCGACCAAACGCAAGGAUUCGACGUCUGCCGAUAAGCCAAAGCGGAAGCGCAGCAAGAAGCUCAAGGAAGAGCUGCCUCACCAGCCUCCCGCCACGCAUUCGCCAGCGGACAGCUUGCAGAACGCCCCUUUGCAGACUGAAAGCGUCGCUGCGAAGCCCAAGGCUUUGAAGCUCAAGAAGCUCGUCCAAAAGGAGCGAACAGCGAGCAAAUACGACGAUGACGACGUCUCGAUGAUGCCUGAGGUCACGGUCGAGAUUCCAGUGUUCGCGCCUGGCAUGUACGAUGGGAGUUCGACGUCCUCAGUCAUGAAAUCGAGCGAGACGACGAAAAAGAAGAAGAAGAAGCAGCGCAGUCGCAAAUCGCUCUCCGAGCUCGUCAACCAGAUCGUCGAGGAUAGCGACUCCGGUAUGGAUGCAGAGGGAAGCGACUGGGAGGGACUCGAGAUCAUCGAGAAUUACGAUCCGGAGCCGGUUCCAGAGGGCCCCAAGAGCCUCGCAAAGAUGAGCAACGGCCCUGUCAAGAGCUCGCAGCGCAAGGUGCCUAUCGCCAAGCUCUGCGGUCUCAUCGAGGACAUCUUCGAGGCGGACGACUCGUUGCCCGACCGUGACUCACUUCAGGGUUUGCUGCCAGGUCAGAGUCUCUCUCCUGCUGCCGAUCAAUUUUUCGAGAUCAUCGAGUCGCCUGCUGUCGGUGGCGGCGACUCUCGAUCCGUCCUGGUCCUACGCGCGGCUGCCCUUCAGAAGCUGCUCAAGUUAAUCGUCAUGUGCUCACGCCCACACGCGGAGAUUGCGUCCAUCUCUGGCAAAGCUUUACCAGCAACCAACCCCAGUCUCGGUACGAUUGCUGCCGCAGAUACGAUGCGCCUUCUCGCUAUCCUGGAGCGCUCCACAAGGUUGGCCGAGAACAUUGAUCCUUUCCCGUCGCAGGCUAAUCGCGGCUUGGCAUCUGAGCCCGCUUCGCCCUCCAAACCCAAAAAGGGCCGUAAACCCGACCACCGCAGCAAGUCGACGUCCAAGACACCAGAGCCCACACCGACAUCCGAACAUCGAGACGACGAAGCGAAGGAUCAAGAGGUGAACGCUACGACAGACGCGGGCGACGACGAACGCGAUCGCACACCGGCGGGUCGGGAAUUGGGGAACUCCGACGAUGAGCUCGAAAAGCUCAACGCAAACUUUGUCGUCAUGGAUCGUGCCGUGUUAGCCACCGAAUGCAGCCUUGGCAUGCUGACCGGUGAUGUGCUGCCGAAACAGAUCCUUUCCGAAGACCACAUCCGCUCCUCUUUCGAUGCUGUGAAAGCCUGCCUCGACAAGGUCCUCCUUCCCUUCAUCGAAGCAUGCUCCGGAAGCGCCGCCACGGCACCUCAUCCGGAUCUCGUCUCGCUCAUCGACGUCUUGUCGCCACAGAAGGCGCGCAAGAAGAAGGCCGCCGCAGCCAACGGCGAUGAGGCUACUUCGAGCAUCGGCGUCAUUUGUCGCAACUCGCUUUCCGACCUUUUUACGCAUCUCUGCUCGGCACUUUACUUCGUCCAGCGCAUGGUGCGCAUGCCGUCAAUCGCACUGUCGGACUCCAUCAUCAUCAGUGCCGUCUACAUUGCGCUCGGUCCUUUCUUUGUGCUGGAGCCAGAGACGGCCGGCGGGGGCGCAUUGAGCGAGAAUGCAAAGGCAGCUGCACGUGGUCGAUCGGCGCUGCUGUCCCUUGGAGGUGCCAAUUCCAUGAAGACGCUGCGAUUACCGGCGCUCAACCUCCUUCGCAGCAUUUUCGCAAAGGCGCCGGAUCAACGCCAGUGGAUGAUCGAGGAGAUCCUCACCUCGCUCUCAAAGCUCUCCGACAUGAAGAAGAAUCGACGCCAGUACAGCUUGCGCAACGGCAAGACCAUUCAUUCGAUCAACGCUCUGCUGCUCCAGCUCAUCCAGGCCGCUUCGCACGGCGUAGCCAGCUACGCUCGUUCCACUGCCGACCGUCUUUCGCGGAGCAAGGGCGGCCAGGACGCAGAUGAGGAUGAUCUGGCGAACGGCGUGUCUGACCGCGAUGGAGGCCCGGAGCGCAUGCACACGCUCGAAGUCGUCAUCGAGGCCUUCAACGCUACCAGCGAGCCCGACACAAACGACGCCAGAGAGGCCGAGAUCGCGAUCUGGAGACGGGGACUGGAAGGCGCCAAUGCAUCGGCUCGGUCCAUUGCAGGCUACCUCAUGCAACGCAUCGGCCAGAACAAGGUGGCCAAGUCGUCGCAAGAGAUGAGCCACGCUUACGUGAUUGAAUCGCUGAUCCAAGACCUGCUCAGCGCUCUUUUCCUGCCAGAAUGGCCGGCAGCCGCUUUGAUGCUGAGCGCUUUCUGUCGCGUCUUUGGCAGCUACCUCGAGGACGCCAAAAGUCAUCCAGAUGCCAAGGGUGUCGCUCUCGAGCAAUUGAGCCUUGUGGCAGCUAGAUUGCGUCAAAGCCAGUUGCAGUCUCAGCCGGUGCGCGACGAUAAAUCGUCUGGAUCCGCCAACAGCCCAGUUGGCAGCACCCUGGAGAACGCGGUCGACUCCGGUCAUGCUUUGUCGGAGCCUGCAGAAGAUCCGAGGAUGGUCAAGCGAUCCAGAUCCACGACGUGGGAUCACCUGUCCAUGCUGAGGGCCUUGCGAGAACGUGAUCGAGAGGCUAUUAAAGAAUUUGUGCGUACGUACAAAUUCAUCUCCCACUUUCUCGCAAAGACAGGCAACGAAGACAUGUCGACGGAGGGCGCCCUCGAAUUCCUGCUCGUUCAAGCCGAAGGCGAAUUGGCGACUGCAUGGUCAAAGGUAGAAGAGGACAUGGUCGCUUUGAGCAGCUCGGAGGACGGCGACGCGGCGCAGCUCACCAAACUGCAGCACUUCCGUGAAGAGCUCGAUCUUGCCAUGGUGACGCUCUCGGAGUUUGACGCUGCGGCCGGCAGCGCAUCUUUGGACGCUUUCGCUUCGGACGACAAGGCGCUCGCACAGGCGAGUGACCUUUCUGAACGCGCACUGAUCGCCAGUAGCUCCAUGAUCGCAUACCCAGUGUUGCGAGAUCUGCUCGUCGAAGGUCUCAACAAUCCGCUGAUCUCCAAUCGCAGCAAGGCGCUUCGUGGCAUCGAUCGGAUUGCGCAGGUGGAUCCUGACCUUCUCGACGAAGAUUCCAUGCGCAGCGCCAUCGAGGUGCGUCUCCGCGACUCGAGCAAUGCCGUCAGAGACAGCGCGGUCGCGCUGUUUGGCAGUUACCUUCUUCGCAAGCCACAACACAUCCCCAAGUACUACAAGCAGAUCGCUGCACGCAUCCUCGACACUGGUCUUUCGGUGCGCAAACGUAUGGUCCGUCUUCUCAAAAGUCUGCACGAGGCAACCGACGAUCCCAAAAUCCGCAUCGACACGUGCGCUCGCAUUGUGCGUUGCAUCAAUGAUGAGGAUACGCUCGUUCAGGACAUGGCCGUUCUCACCAUCGGCGAGAUGUGGCUCGAGAUGGACAUCGACGCUCGCCGUCUGUACUCUCGGCGCCGAGGCAGCCCGAUGCGGUCUACGCCUGUCGCAUUGCAACCAGCAGACGCGGCAGAUGCGAAGGAGUCUGAUGCUGCAAAGGCAGAUGGCCAGAUCGCUGCUGAAGGCGAGCGCGCACUGCCCACCGCCGAGGAGUCGAUCGAAGAGACUGUGGAGGAAAAAAAAGUGGCGGACACGAUCGAAAUCAUCAUGGCUGUUGCCGAUGUCAUCAAAGAGCGGCCUUCGCCGUUGGAAGAGGUCUUCCGGCGCCUCUUCAGGGACAAGUCGGAGAGCGAAGCAGCCGAGCUGCACGCCAAGCUACAGAGACUGGGAGACUCGAUGAUCGACAGUCUGGUCGAGUCUAGCGGCGCAUCCAGCAUCGACACGGUCAAGCGCAUCCGCAUCGUGCAGCUGCUUGUCUCGACGAAUCCGGCUAUCCUCACCAUCUCCAAGGCCAAGUUGCUGCUUCCUUACCUCAAAGCCGCGCAGACGAGCGAGGAAGUUCAGAUCAUGGACCUGCUGCUGCGGAUCUUUCGCUCCUGCUUGCCGCACAUGCCAAAGACGGCGUUGGCAUUCGCCGAUGCUUUGGAGAAAAGCCUUCGCCCUCUGGUCAACCGACCGCCGCCCAAGGCAGGUUUACACCUGCUGCAAGAACUCAUCGCCUGCUACUGCGCCGUCAUCAUCACGCACACGCACAACUUCAAGCUGCUGAUACAGACGCUCAAGGCGUGCUUUAUGCGUGUGCAGGCGAUGCGGCAGAUGGCGCUCAAAGGCCAAAAGGUCGAGGACAACAAAGCGUGGAGCACCCUCAUGUCCUUGACUGCCUCUCUUUGCGAGCACGCCGACUUUGACGACAUCCGCAAAAAGCACUCGGAGACGACCGCCGACAUCGAUGCGCUUAGCAAGCGGCCGCUCAUCGACGUAGUUUCGGAGGCGCUGCUUGAUAUUCACAGAACGGGGAGCGAGGUGGUGCGCUCCGUAUCCCUUCAGAAUCUGGGCUUUAUUUUUCGUGCCCAUCCUACGCUCAUGACUCGGCCUUCGAUUACGGCGAUGAUGGACGACAUCUUCGCCUCGGGAUCGCUGCAGGAUCGCGCGACUCUGCUCAAGAUCAUCCUUGAUUUCUUGAGCGCCGACGCGCUGCGUCGCAAUCCGGACAACGCCGUAGUGACCGCAGGCACGGGACGCCGAAAGCCCGAGAAUCCGGAUGCGGGGAGUGUUGAUAUGACGAUUCUGGUCGGCAACACCGAAACUUUCGCCGACACAGGCGUCGGCUCAGCCAUGAUGCAGCGAUAUUCCGAAGACGUGCUCAAGGCGACGCUCGAGGUGUCGAAUCCUCCCUUGCAGCGCACUGCCAUCGACAUUUUGCGUUUCACCGUGUUGCAGGGACUCUCGCAUCCGAUCCAGUGCGUACCGUACCUUGUUUCGCUCGAGACGCUCGAGGACCGGAAACUCCGCAGUCGAGCCAUGGAGCUGCACAGCCAUCUGGCGUCGAAGCAUGCUUCGCUUGUGCAGGCUCGGUUCCUCGACACUGCUCGUUCCGCGUUCCGGUUCCAGAUGCAGCUCGGCACAGCACAGGCGCUUCGCGGCUUCCGUGUUGACAAUAUGCCAACUGCGGUGCUCGGAGCGUGGUACAGCUUGCUGCGAGAUCGUCGAGCCACGCGACUCGAUUUCCUCAAACAGAUCGUCAAGGCGCUUGAUGUCAACACGGCGUCGGCGGACUGCAGCAUGGACGAGGUCUUGUUUGCACGCUUCAUGGCCGAUAAUCUCGCGACGCUGGAUUACAAGACGAUGGAGGAGCUCUUUGUCGUAAUCGGCGAGCUUCGUUCGAUUUUGGCUGUCUCGGGGAUGCAGGUACUGCACAACAUACAGCCGCAUCUGCCCAAGCAAGAUUUCAUGUCAGGUGCAGCUCAGACCGAGUCGGCCCAGGAUGGGAUGAGAACGCCGCCUCCGCCUGGAGCUGCCGUGCCGGGAGGAGAUCUGAUCAGUCCCUUUGGCACGUCUCGCAAUCCAUGGCUUUCAGGGGAGUGGCAGCUUCAACUCGCCAGCGAUGUGACUCCGCCCGUGGGUGGUACGAUCGAUCCGACGCAGAUUCUUGGCUACCCGCAGCCUAUCGCCACGACCGACGCCGCCCUUUCCCAGAUCGGCAACCCCGCGCCUUCAUCCAAAGCUGACGACCCAGAACCCGCAGACAGCAAAACCCAGAUCGACCCUAUCGCCGUCGCCAAGAUGUCCAUCAUCUCCGGCACAGCCCUGCUCCUCCGAAAUCACCUCAAGCAGCUCUACGGCCUCAGCGAGGCGCGCUGCGCCAAGUUCAACCCGAGCAAAAAGCAGAGCGCCGGCGCCGACAAGCCGGCCACGAUGCGUGCGCUCUCGGACCCGAUGCACGCCGCGCUCGACCUGAGCGCCAUGCCGUUCGGGCUGGAGGAAGUCAGGAGCGAGGAGGACGCGCGGAGGCAGAUGGUGGCGUACGCUGCGCUGGUCGAGAACGAGGGGACGAUGAUGGAGCCUGAGGAUGCGGAUGGGUUGGACGAUUUGGCGCUUUGA